AAGUUGGACUGGAAACAAAAACCUUCAAGAUUUCUGGUCAAUUACGUUUUCUAGUCAAUCAAGACUGACGUAACCCUUGUUGAUACGUCAAUUCGCUUGUCAUCUGAGUUCUUGGUGUGUGGAGGCUUUCAAAAAGGAAUAUUUUGAGUCACAAGUGACCCGUGGCAUUUUAGCACAUUGUGAAUUUCCGGUGAAUUAUUUAUUAUCGUGAACUUCAAUUUAGUCUUUUGUGGCGAAAAUAUUUUAACAAAAUGCAGAAUACCAGGAAGUCAAGAUUAGGCGGUUCAACUUUUAGCCGAAAAGGAAAUGGCCAAGACCAAAUCCACAAAGACAAAUCCGGCAAUCAGAAUGUCAUGGUUACAAAACGAGCGGGAGACAAGAAAGAUGGAAAACAGAAACGACCUGCUUUUGGGGACCUGACAAAUGCUACUUUCAGCAUGGUAAAUGAGACACAGAAAAAACCAGUCAAGAAGGCUGUUGAACCACAGAAAGGCCUCAUAGCCCCCAAGACAUAUGUAUCUAGCAACAAACCAAGCCUAAAGAGAACCAAAAUCGCCACACAGAAGAAAGUGGCGAACGUAGAGAAUGAUGAAGAAAUGCCAGAAAUAUUGUCAUCGCAAGACUCUUUGUCAUCUCUGUCAUCACAAGGUUCCAACAAAUCUGACGAUGUCCCAGUCAUGGGAGCUGAAGAAGAAUCCAUGGAAACUGAUUUAGAUGAGUUGACAACUGUGCCUCCUGGUGUAGAUGACGUAGACAAGGAAAACUUGUCUGACCCUGUUCAGGUGUCCAUGUAUGCCUUUGACAUAUUCCAGUACUACAAGGAAAGAGAGAAGAAGUUUGCCAUCCGACCUUACCUGAUCCGUCAGCCUCAGUUGUCAUCCAACAUGCGGGCGAUCUUGGUGGACUGGCUAGUGGAGGUACAGGAGAACUUCGAGCUGAACCACGAGACGCUCUACCUGGCAGUUAAGCUUGUCGACAUGUACCUGGCCAAAGUGGUCAUCCCUAAGGAACAGCUUCAGCUUGUGGGAGCCUCAGCUCUCUUCAUAGCAAGCAAGUUUGAUGAACGCUGUCCCCCUCUGAUUGAAGAUUUUCUCUACAUCUGUGAUGAUGCCUAUAACAGGAAGCAGUUCAUCGAGAUGGAACAGCUGGUGUUAAGGGCUGUCGACUUUGAUUUGGGCAUUCCUUUGUCCUACCGCUUCCUCAGACGCUACGCCAAGUGUGCUCGGGCGACGAUGGAAACCCUGACACUGGCGAGGUACAUACUGGAGUUGUCUCUGAUGGAGUACAAUGUUGUACCAGAACCUGACUCCAAAGUGGCCUGUGCGGCACUCUUACUGGCAUUCAAAAUGAAACAGACUGGCAGCUGGACAAAGACAUUAGAAUACUACACGGGCUACAAACAGGAAGAGUUCGCUGCCUUGGUGAAAAUCCUAAACACGGUGGUGACCAACGCUCCAGAUAAACAGCUUGGCACCGUCAGGUCCAAGUAUUCCCAUGAAGUGUUCUACGAAGUGGCCAAAAUCCCAGCUAUUUCAACAGAGAUCCUCUCAUCUAGCUAGUGACAUAAUUUUUUUUUUAUGGUUUUUGUUUUUGUUUGUGAGUUUUUUUUGUACCACAUUUUACAGACAUUUUAUUAUUUGUCUUACGAGAGCUCUUUUCGCUCUAGCUAAGAUACUAACUAUUGAUAAUGUAUAUAAUGUCUCCUCAAGCCUCCUGUUGUGAGAUUUACAAUGAAAUCUUCAGAUUCCUCACUUAUAUAUGAGUGUGGUUUAACAUUCUCAAAAUACUUCAACAAAUUCAUCGCAAACUUUGUUUCAAGUUCCGGGGACUAAUCAUGCAAGCUUGAAAACAAUUAAUUUUCUUCAAAUGAAGUGUUACCUCUCCAAAUGAAGUGUUCUUGGGCACUAGAUGCAUUUUGGCUGUAUACUUACAAGGAAAACUAGAACCCUGUGCCUUGAUGUAUCUAUGUAAAGUGUAAAUAUUUAGUUUAGACAACAAAAUUGUUACCAGUUUUAGAUUUUACAGCACUAGUAUUUUUUCUUUCAUUAAAAGAACAAAGAUCAUGGCACAAACAUUGAAAUUUGUUGUUUUGAUAGUUGUGGAAAGAAAUAGCAAUACAAAUCAGGUCACUUUUUAAUAAAUAUUAAUUAUUAAAUUCUUUAAUUAAUAUGCAUAUGGCCACCUCGGCUGCAUUAUAUACAUAGCAGUAAUUAUUCAGGCUUUAACGUUUAACCUCUUGAGGCUAUUAUUUUUUCCAAUUUUUUUUUUUUUUUCAUUUUUUUAUACUCUUGAUGAAUGUACAUUUGCAUUAAAGGUUGACAUAUUACGCAAAAAU